CCAGGCUUCCACCUCAGAUUGGAGGAUGAUGGCGACUGGGAUGUUGUGGCAGUUGGUGCUGUUGUCCCUCCUGGGGACUAUGGGAGCUGAUGCUGAAGUAUGCUCAGGCCUUUGUGGACAGAGGCCAAUGAUCAAGCCAUCUGGCACUCGUAUCGUUGGGGGAGCAGACGCACCCCGAGGGUCUUGGCCCUGGAUAGUCAGUAUACAGAAACAGUACUGGAACGGUAGAUACAGGUACCAUGUCUGUGGAGGCUCCGUCAUAGCUCCAAAUUGGGUUCUCACCGCUGCCCACUGCUUUGAAACUGACGCAAAUAACUUAAGUGUAUGGCGGUUGUUGAUUGGCGCAUGGGAUAUUCCACUAGGAUGGACCUACGGUCCCCUGGACUACAGAAUUCAAGAGCGAAAGGUGAUCAAGAUUAUAUUACAUGAACGUUACAAUAAGUACUUUCAGAAAAAUGACAUUGCAGUGAUGCAGAUGGACAGACCAAUCGAGUGUGGGGACUUGGCCCGUAUUGCCUGCCUGCCUCGGCGUAAUGAGGUCCAAGUCCUGCCUACGGAGAAUUGUUCCAUUGCUGGCUGGGGGUACAAAAAAGAAGGUGCGGGUGUCCCAUCUAAGAUACUUCAGGAAGCCGAGGUUAACAUGAUAGAUACAAAGACGUGCAACGGAAGCCGCUGGUACUAUGGGGCUGUUCACCACGACAAUGUUUGUGCUGGCUACGCGGAGGGAAAGAUCGACACUUGCCAGGGGGACAGUGGUGGGCCACUCAUGUGUAAAGACUCAUUCAGUGGCAUCUACACGGUGGUCGGCAUCACGAGCUGGGGGUCUGGCUGUGCCCGGGCCUAUAAGCCAGGCAUCUACACAUCCACCUGGCAUUUUCUGGACUGGAUCUCCUCCAAGAUUGGGCAGGCCGUGACCUACAGUCAACUACCAUCUCGGCCCACGAUCCUGACCCCUGUUACACCUGCUACGACCACACCUGUGAGAACCUGGAGCUGGACCACAAAGCCCUGGUUUUUUCUACCCUGGUGGAUGAAACUCACCUUCCGUCCAGUCUGGACCACCCGUUCCAGCAGUGAUUCACUCGAGAUGUGGCCCCAGAACGAGCCCUGGCCCCCGGGCAAUGCCUUACCUGGCUCACCCAUAAACACUGCUGUGCAGCCCUGGAUGUCCGAUUCUGGAAUGGUCAAGGCCCAGGUUCUGGGCCCCAGCCAGGCCUUACCCCCUCCACUCUCCUUCCCUAAGCACUUGAAGUUGCUCAUGGACUCCAUGAAGAACAAGAAGACCGCAUAGAGCUAUCUCUGGAGAGUGUUGUCCCUAGGUAGGCCAGGCACCUGGCCUUCUGUCUUCCAACCCUGGGGAAUGGAUUAAUAAAGUUGUAUGUGAAG